AGGGCAGUCUCCUGGCAGUCCUCUUGCCUUCAAACAGCUCCUAGAACCGAGAACUCACAGCUUUCGGAUAGUCACUCCCUGAUCUUUUCAGGGUUCACUCUGUGCCAGGCCCCUUGUCCAGCACUGGGGGUGUGAUGUUGAGUCAGACCCAGUCCUUAACCUUUAAUGAGAUCACAGGCAAACUAGGGAAGCUUUGCAGCGCCGGCCACCACGUGCAUGACGUGGGGGCAGGAGGAAGCACAGUCGAUGGGGGAGGUUGAGCCUGGCUUGAGCCUUGAAGAUUCAAGCAUCUCUCUGGCUUUCCCCUAAUGCUCCCCACUCCCCCCAUCCCAGCCCCAGUGUUCUGAUUCCCACGGAGAACCAAGAGAAGGCAGGAGGGAGGCUGUCCCAGGAGCCCGAGCUUGCUGUCGUGUGCCCGGAAGGAGGAGGGGCCGGCCCACCUGCUUGCUGCCAAGUCCUGAUGGGAGUGGAAUUGGCUGCUGAUGGGAGAUAAACCUAGAGAUAGUCCUGGCCCGGCUGGAAGCCAAAGGAAGGGAAACAGCAUUUUUACCACAGACAGUCCUGGAGAUUCCAGGUCUUUGUCCUCAAGGGGUCUGAGGUCUCUAGCAAUAGCGGGAACAAGGCGUGUGAUGUGGUGGCCGUGGUCUGAUUCCAUUCAUUUAUUCAUCCCCCAAAAUGACUGGGACCUGGCAGUUUCUCUCUCACUAAAGGCGCAGGAAACCCCACGGCUGGAGGCCCUCUCCUGUCCUGAAGGACGUCACAUCUGCUCAGGGCCUGGUGGAGGCUGCUCUGGUAGCGGCCAGGAGGAAGCUUCUCGUUUGACCGAGAGGGAGGAAGUGUGGUCCCGCAUGCUUCCCUGGGGAAAUUUGAGUUGGGAAGUGGCUUUAUCACAGGAAGAGCAAGGAAGGGCACCCAGACCAAGUGCACAGCUGAGGAUGUGAGAUGGUCAUUCCAGGAGCGCCGAGUAUGUCCCAUCACACUCAGCCCGCCAGGGCAGGGUGAGAACUGAGAUGCGAGGAGACGGGGAUCAAAAGGUCCCGGCUGCCUGCUCUCGGCUGACCAUGAAUAAGAUGAAGAACAACUUCAAGCGCCGCUUCUCCCUGUCCGUGCCACGCACUGAGACCAUCGAGGAGUCCCUGGCUGAGUUCACCGAGCAGUUCAGCCAGCUCCACAGCCUGCACAAUGAGGCCCUGCAGCUCGGUCCUCUUGGCAGAGACCCCCAAGCAGAGAGCGGCCCCCUCUCCCCGUCGGACGGCGGGGAGGACCCCGGGCCACCGUCCCCCGGCCUGCAGUACCGGCGGCAGAACCAGCGCCGCUUCUCCAUGGAGGACAUCAGCAAGAGGCUCUCUCUGCCCAUGGACAUCCGCCUGCCCCAGGAGUUCCUCCAGAAGUUACAGCUGGAGAGUCCGGAUAUGCCCAGGCCGCUCAGCCGCAUGUCCCGCCGUGCCUCCCUGUCAGAUAUUGGCUUUGGGAAACUGGAAACCUACGUGAAACUGGACAAACUGGGGGAGGGUACCUACGCCACGGUCUUCAAGGGACGCAGCAAACUGACGGAGAACUUGGUGGCCCUGAAGGAGAUCCGGCUGGAGCAUGAGGAGGGGGCCCCCUGUACCGCCAUUCGAGAGGUGUCUCUGCUGAAGAACCUCAAGCACGCCAACAUCGUGACCCUGCACGACCUCGUCCACACAGAGCGGUCCCUCACGCUGGUGUUCGAGUACCUGGACAGUGACCUGAAGCAGUAUCUGGACCACUGUGGAAACCUCAUGAGCAUGCACAACGUCAAGAUUUUCAUGUUCCAGCUGCUCCGGGGCCUUGCCUACUGCCAUCGUCGUAAAAUCCUGCACCGGGAUCUGAAACCCCAGAACCUGCUCAUCAAUGAAAGGGGGGAGCUGAAGCUGGCCGACUUUGGACUGGCCCGUGCCAAGUCAGUGCCCACAAAGACCUACUCCAAUGAGGUGGUGACCCUGUGGUACAGGCCCCCUGAUGUGCUGCUGGGGUCCACAGAGUACUCCACCCCCAUCGACAUGUGGGGCGUGGGCUGCAUCCACUACGAGAUGGCCACUGGCAGGCCCCUCUUCCCUGGCUCCACGGUCAAGGAGGAGCUGCACCUCAUCUUCCGACUCCUCGGGACCCCCACGGAAGAGACUUGGCCCGGGGUGACAGCCCUGUCGGAGUUCCGAGCCUACAACUUUCCCCGGUACCUCCCCCAGCCUCUCAUCAGCCAAGCUCCCAGGUUGGACCCUGAUGGCAUCAACCUCCUGAGCAGCCUCCUCCUGUACGAAUCCAAGAGCCGUGUGUCAGCAGAGGCGGCCCUGAGCCACCCAUACUUCCGGUCUCUGGGAGAGCAUGUGCACCAGCUUGAAGACACUGCCUCCGUAUUCUCCCUGAAGGAGAUUCAGCUCCAGAAGGACCCAGGCUACCGGGGCCUGGCCUUUCAGCAGCCAGGACGAGGGAAGAACCGGCGACAGAGCAUCUUCUGAGCCAGGCCCACCCUGCUGUGGCCCAGGGACAGGAGGUCACACUGAACACAGCUGUGGGUAGGAUGGGGCCUGUAUGGUCCUGGAAGGACUGAGGAGCGAGGGCUAACGGCCGGCCCAGAAGACCUCUUGCAGCCCUGCUGGUCACGGCUGUUUCCUCUCCCUGCUUCCCACUUGCCUCCCCUCGGCCUGGAUACCUACCCCUGGCCGCCCAGCCUGGGGCUAGGCAGGAGCUGCUUCUCCAGGAAAAGAUGCAGGGCCGGAGGGGCCUCAGACCCUUUCCCACCCUACAGUGCUUGGCCGCCCUGGUGGGAUCCUCAAGGACAGGAGAACCCAGUGCCGGGCUGAGCACUGUGCUAGGACGGGUGCCACCAGGCGUCCCCAGGGUCUGCCUGCUCAGCUGUGUGCAGAGCCCCUUCGGGCCCCUUGGAGCCCACACUUCCUUUACUUUCUUCCCCUCAGAGCAGGAAGCAACAUGGCCCCUGUCUGGGUCCCGGGAAUCCUGGGUGCCAAUGUGUGUGCCAAGGCCCACCUCCCACCUGAGGGAUGCCUGUCCCGGAGCAACAGAGAGAGGAGGAGCCCAGCCCCUUAUCACACCCAGUCUGUCCCUAUGCUCCCUCCUCACCAGAUGCCACGUAUCAGCUGGGUGCCCUGCUGGGCCUGGGGUGGCUGGCACAGAGCUGCACAUCUGUGCCUCCACCCUCCCCAGCCUGGCUGGCAUUGCCUUAAGUCAGCAGGAAGAGUGUCGCCCCCUUGGUGUGCUCCUACCUGCCCCCAUCCCACGCUGCUCUUGCUUGUCCCCGCUGAGCGCCAAUAAGCCGCCCUGGGCCGGGCUUGGGGCCAGCACCCAGAUAUAUGGGGCAUGCUGAUGUGGUGCCAGGCAGGCUUGGGCUCCUUGGAGGUGGCCCUUGGGGCCUGAUCCUUGCUCCACCCCACCCUAGCUCUGGCCCCCACAGAGUGUGGUCAGGGGAGAGGGUGUCAAGGGCAGGAGGUGGGACAGGAGGGCAGGCCUCUAUCCUGAGAGCCUGUCCUGGGGUGCUGGGUGGAUGCAGGGCCACAGGGGCCCUCGCAUAGCCCUCCACCCCAGCACCCCUGAUGUGUUUCCAAGGUGUCUGCAACUUGGGCUGAAUCUUGAAUGACAAAGGCCAAGGGGAGGCCAGACCUGCCCAGCCCAGUCCCCUCAACCGGAGGAGCAGUCCUGGAGGGUCUCAGCCUUCCCCCAGCCUCUCCUUGCCUCCCCCACUGUACUGUGAAUGUCCUGUGACUCAGCACAAAGAUAAUAUAUUUAAUUCAUGUUGUACAGAAAGGAGCGCGCCUUCUCGUGCAGAAAAGCUGGUAUUCACAGACUGACCCCCAAGGUGGAGGCCCGCUGGCCCUGCGGGUCUAGAGUGGGAGGCUGUGGAUGUAAAGUGGAGAGAGCUGAGCCCUGGGCUGGGGUUGGGUUGCGCUGCCCACUUCCUGCUGAAUUCUAGGCACCACCGCUGCAGCCACUGUGUCCAUGUCCGGAAGUCAAUGCUGGGGAAUAUAGGAUUGCCGGGGGAGGCCCGCACCUCUUGGUGCCUUGCUCUCAGCCUUCACCCAAGUUGACUGUAGAGAGCUGGGGCCAGGGGAGCCAAGAGGAAGUCAUGGGGAGGGAUGGGGAGGGACCCCUGGGCUCCCUCAACCGAAUGACUCCCUGACUUCUUGGGAAGGAGGUUCAAGAGAGGAUUGACACGGGGCAUGGUCAAGACGAGAGCCACAGAACUGGGGUAUGAGCCUCCCUGGAAUUCUGGCCCAGCAGUACCUGCUGAGACGCCACCCCCAUCUGCCAGACCACCUCUUCCCAGUCCUUUGUAUACCUCCCGGUAUUUUCACAGUGCAGCUCUUUUCCAAUUCACUCUCCAGCUUGGUUCUACCCAACACCACUCUGACAAGCCAGGCCCCCCCACCUCCAUGCCUCCUUACUUACCAGUCUGCUGCCUCCUGUCUGCCCAUCAGAACUGGGCUCCCAAUUUGUUGGCAGACCGACUGGAGGGGUGGCUGCCUUCCUGAGGAGGAAGCUAAUGUUGGGAGGUUGGGUGCUGUCUCCCAAGGAUGUGGGAGGAAGGGUGGACAAGGGCUUGAUUGUUGGCCUGCAACUAGCCCCGCCUCGUGGGAAUGUCACUGGCUCUGGGAAUGCCAGUGGUGAGGGUCAGCGUGGAGCCUUUUUCACUGGACCAAAUGUUUAUUAAGCUCUCUACUGUGUGCCAGGCACUGAGGAAACCCCUCGUUUUAUCCUCAGGAUGGCCUCAUUUCUCCCCACUUUGCAGGGGAGGACAGCGUGGUUCCUAGGGAUCACAUUGUAAAUGAGACUUAAGGUCUCUCUGCCACCCCAACCCCUGGUCUCCAAGGAGGGAAGGGAGAGGAGCAGAGGGGGCGCAUAGCCAGUGCAGAACCCUAGAAACAUGCAGAGGAUCCUGGGGAACCUUGCUUUACUAAAACCCCUGCAAGCCUGCCCUUGUGGCCUGUGCGUGGCCCCUACUGGUGACAGGCCCUGGCCCAUCAGGAGUCUCUGGGGAGCAGCUGUGCUCACUGCUGCAGCUGCAGUGCUGUGUGGACUCAGGGUGGGGAGCCCUCUUUGAGGUCCACGUGGCACAUCUGAGCUGCCUGAGGAUCUUAGGGCUCAGCCAGACAGGCUCACUGCAGCCUUGGGCGUAGUUCCUACUCAAGGGCUCUCAAUGGGAAAUCAAGGGUUCUGGGGUUGCAAAGAGAGGUCAAAUGACUGCUUAUGAGCAGCCAGGACAGAAGGGCCACCAGGCCUGCCCCCUGGCUCCUCAACUACCAGACUGAGCCACAAUCACAGCCCCAUCCUGGAGGGCAUUUGCAGGGCACCCCUAGGCAACCGGGACACACAGGAGCCUUCCCCAUUCUGCUGGAGUCCCUAGGCCGGAAGCACAGAUGAGCAAGUUCUCUCUCUGGCCUCACUUUUCCAUUUGCUCCUGGCAUGGGUCGGGGUGUCUGGAUUCCCCUAGACUUCAUCUUCUACCUGCUUGGCAGGGGCACUGAGGGUUUGCAACGGCCCUGCAGCUCCCUGAGGGCAGGUCUUUGAUGAGGGGUUGGGGGUGACACCAGCUCCCACGUGGCCCUGUCCCAUCCUCCCCUCCCAGUUGCCCUGCCCGACAUCCGGCUCCAGUGAUCCAGGCUGAUGGCCAACAGGCUGCUGCUGGGCCUGCCCCCUGGGCCAGCCAGACCUUUCCUGCCUCCCAGGAGCAGCACGGCCCCUUUCAGCCCAUCUCCACCUCCACCUUUGCUGGGACCCCUGCUUCCAGGCUUGCCUCACUACAGCACCCCAUGAGCCCCUCUGUCUCCAGAGCAAGUCAUUAGCUCUGUAAGCUCAUAAACUGUUCACAGCCAGCCAUGAACUGGGUCCCAGGACCCCUCAAUGCAAGGCUCCGACCUUACUGCCAGGAUCUCAGGCUGCUGGUGGAGGUGGCCUUUCAGUGGUAUUAGGCCCCAUGCUGGGCACUGAGGAUGGGGCAGUGAAUGAAACUGCCAAGUCCCUGUUUGAGUGCUCAGAAAGAUAGCACUCAGAUAAGGCAGCGUGGCCAGGCUGGUGCAGGGGCUCAGGGCCUGAUUAGGUCAGCAGGAGCUGUGACUUGUAAGGGGAAGCCACUUGGGCUUUCAAGAAGAGACUUCCAGCAAAGGCCCGGAAGGCGCUUGCUCCAGAGCCGGGCCUGGCAAGCAGUAGGCAGCGGGACUGCUCAGGGCUGGGGGGCUGCCUUUCACCCCUUGGAGCGUUAGGGUGUAUGGAUGCUCCUGCAGCUCAGCUCCAUUCACUCAGGGCUCCUGAACAAGCAUCCAUGAUUUUUUAAAGGCUCCCAGAUGACUCUUCUGUGUGCCCAGGGUUGAGAGCCACUCACUGGGGUCUUGGGGGUCUGGGGGCACAGGAUUCCAUUCUGAUAGAGGAAGCCCCUGCUGGUGUUUUCUUCCUUCUUUGAGUUAAUGUUGGGUGAUACCAUUAUUUGUGUUCUAGAGGUGUGGGCUCUCCCCUGCAGGUGUUGUCAUGACCCCACACCCACCACCAGAGCCUCACAGUCCAGCCCCCCACCUCCCGUCCUUUGUGCUCCUUCCCCCACUUUAUCCUUAUCUCUCUCCCCACUCCCCACCCCUCAGGUAGCCUCAGUUCUGUAGUCAGAUUUCUAGGGUCUGCUGUUAGCUUGGCCUUAUCUGACCUUUUGGCUUCUCUAUGUUCCACAUCUGUGUGACCCCAUCUGGAGUUUGUCUUUCUCCGGACUUAUGUCACUUAGCAUCAUCCCCUCCAGCUCCAUCUAUGCUGACACAAAUGGCAAGAGUUUGUCUGUUUUGAUUGCUGGAGUAUUCUAUCACGCACCAUGUCUUCCUCAUCCAGUCCUCUGUACUGGGGCACCUGGGUUGUUUCUCCUCUCCGGCUGUUGUAAACAGGGCUGCAGAGAACGUGGGUGCAGGCUUCCCUUCUCCUGAGUGCGUGUUCUUCGGGUAGAUGCCUAGGAGCGGGGCUGCUGUGCUGCCUGUGUCUCUAAAGACCGAGAGGCCCACAGCACACGGCAGUCUCCAGGAGGAAGGUGCCUUGGGAGAGGGCAGCGAAGAGCCUCCUCCCAGCCUGAUGCUGUGAGACGGGGCUGCCGAUCCACUUCCGGGGAGCGGUCUGAGGCUCUGGGAGAGGUAUGUUGCUGGUCACAUGAGAGUCAUCUGGGCCCAGUCUGCCUACCUUGCGUUGCGCUGCCCCCAUGACACUGCCUGCUUCCUCGGGUAAGGCUCCGCCUCCUUGUCUGCUGGGGGACAGGGGCAAGGGACUGGAGCAGUCACCUACAAACUCAGGUCAGCCAGAGGGUUGACCAAAUGUCACUGAGCCUGCCCCUCUUCAGUGAGUCCCCUGCCAUCCCCCAGCCCCUCCUCUGGGUGGGGGUUGGGGUGUUCAGUCAGAGCACAGGAGCUCUGUGGCCACCCUCCUGCUCAGACUGCCCCAUCUCCUUCUCCUCCAGAGCGCAUCCCCCCCCCACCCCGCCCCUCA